AUGAAUCAACAAUUAGAAGAAGUUUCACAAAAAUUAUUUGAAAUUAAUUCUCCUUUUACGCUUCAUCAAAUUCUUAAUGAUAAAGCGAUAGCUUGUGAUUUCAUUGAAUGGGUUUUAUUAAAGAUUGAUGUUCGUCUAGGAAAGAACAUAAUUUCACCAAAUAAUGAGACGGCUAUUGGAAAUUUAUCUUCCAAACAAAUUGGAAGAUUACAAAGCUUAACUCAAAUCUCAGCUUCGCUAGGAUUAUGUAAAACAACUGAAACAGAUUUAAUUGAUGCAACAGCUCCUCAUGAUCGGUUAAUAAGUUUCUACUUCAAUUUAUUAAAUAUCUUAAAAACUUCUCGAAUAUUUCUUAACGAUGAUGAUUCCUUUAAGAUACCAAAUUCAAUUAAACCAGAUGAUUUCAAAAAAUCAUGUUGUUUAAUUGAUUCCAUAUCAAAAGAUUGUGAUUUAUUUAAUAAAAUCGUCACAAAAGAAAUUGAUUUAUUUCCAAGGGAUGUAAUGUUAAUUAUUGGAAAAGAAAAGUCUGCGGAGGAUGUUGGAAAACUUGAUCUUUCUAUACUUCAAUCCAUGAAGGAAAAAAAACUUCAAGAAUUACAAGACCUUAAUGCAAAAUUCAAUUGCAUACAAGAACAAGAAGCAUGCCUAUAUUUGGAUGAAUCGGAUUUAGACGAUCAAACUCACGAUGAACUAUGUGUGAUUGCUAAUAAUUUAACGUCUCAGUUUAAAACAUUUAAUGAAAUUUAUGAUAAUGAAAUUUCUCCAUGGAUCAAAAAGGAUCACUUUAAAUAUGGCGAAAAAAUUGUUGAAGGACAUCAAGUGCAAGAAGCAAAUAAAAGACUCGAAAUCGUAUCUCAUCAUCCAAACACGGUAGAGCCACAACAUUCAGUUAACAAUAAUACAUCAUCAUUUGGAAGCAAUAAAGUAGCUACUAGUUAUGAUAUAACAAAUCCGAAUAUGAUUAUAAUUAACAAUCGAGGUGAGUCUGGAUUAGAAGCAAUCACAAGAUUACAAAAAGUUGAGAAAGUGUUGAAAGAUGGUAUUGAAAGAAGAGUUAAAAUAGUAUAA